ACUUUGUAAGGUAUCAAAAAGUCAAAAUUGGAAGGCUAUCUACAAAAUCAAUUAAAAACAAACCGAUUUAUCUGAAAUUUAAAACCGAAACAAACCGGACCGAAUCAGCAUCAGAAUAUCGUCUGGUCCUGGCCGCUCUGCUCUAGCCGCAGUCGAAACACGAGUCCAUAAUACGAGCGGUGGUUGCUCACGCGCCAUCCAGUUUGGCUGGAGAUGCUAUUCUGCAUUUCGACAGUGAAGCUUUUCGGGUUUCAACAAAGGCGCAAUGUUAGCUCUUUAGCCAAGCGUUUCAGUCUCGCCGGGAAACUAACGUUAGAGCUCCAAACUCAGGCUUCGUUGGACAAUAACUUCUUACCCUGGUUAGAGCGAAUUGCUGGAGCAAAGAUAACUAAUACUCUUUCGAUUGGGAAAUCCACCUAUGGCAGGUCACUGUUCGCCUCCAAAGUUAUCUAUGCUGGUGACUGCAUGUUGAAAGUCCCUUUUAAUGCGCAAAUAACUCCAGAUGAGCUCCCCUCGGAUAUUAGAGUUUUAUUGAGCAAUGAAGUUGGGAAUAUCGGAAUGCUUGCUGCUGUUCUAAUAAGAGAGAAGAAAAUGGGUCAAAAGUCUCGAUGGGUCCCUUAUAUCAGCCGACUUCCUCAACCUGCAGAGAUGCAUAGCUCGAUAUUUUGGGGUGAAGAUGAGCUCAGCAUGAUUCGUUGUAGUGCAGUUCACCAGGAAACAGUAAAACAAAAAGCUCAGAUAGAAAAGGACUUUUCAUUUGUAGCGCAGGCAUUCAAACAACAUUGUCCCAUAGUAACUGAACGCCCAGAUUUGGAAGAUUUCAUGUAUGCAUAUGCUUUAGUGGGAUCUCGUGCGUGGGAAAACUCAAAACGCAUAUCACUGAUUCCGUUUGCAGACUUCAUGAACCAUGAUGGGCUUUCUGCAUCAAUCGUUUUGAGGGAUGAAGACAAUCAACUAUCAGAGGUCACUGCAGAUCGCAACUACAGUCCUGGUGAUGAGGUAUUCAUCAAGUAUGGGGAAUUCUCAAAUGCUACACUCAUGUUAGAUUUUGGAUUUACCUUUCCUUACAACAUUCAUGACGAGGUUCAAAUCCAAAUGGAUGUACCGAAUGAUGAUCCUCUUCGCAACAUGAAGCUGGGACUUCUCCAGACACAUCACACUCGAACUGUCAAAGAUAUCAAUAUCUUUCACUCUUCUUGUGAUACUUUCACAAUCAAGGAAGUGAAAUCUGCUAUAGGGAAAGGAAAAGGCAUUCCACAAUCUCUCCGUGCAUUUGCUCGUGUUCUCUGUUGUAUCAUUCCCCAAGAGCUAAAUGAUUUGUCAAAAGAAGCUGCACAAAAUGAUGGCCGACUAGCUCGGCUUCCUUUUAAAGACGGGAACAGAGAGUUGGAGGCACAUAAGAUCCUCUUGUCUCACAUCAACAGAUUGAUUGAGGAUCAUAGUGUUUGCAUCAAGGAAAUGGAAGAAUGCUAUUUUGUAUCACAAAGAUUUGCUGUUAGAAGGCAGAUGGCAAGAGAUCUCCUAUACGGUGAGCUUCGUGUACUGAGAUCUGCAGCUGAAUGGCUCAAUCAUUAUUGCACAACCUUGCUUUCAGAGACAAUGUAAUCGAUUUUACAGUCUCUACGAUAGCAAUAUACCAAUAAAUUGAGAUAUUGGAGUGAAUAAAAAGAUUAGUGUUACUCUAUUUCUUAAUCCGGAAUUAUACCUCGUUCCAUUUCCGAAGCCAACAAACAAAAGAG